AGAGAAGAAGAGUAACAAGAAGAAGAAGAGGAAGCAGGGAGGGGCUGAGGGAGGUGCCUUGGUGGGGCGGUGCUGCUCAGGUUUUCCGUUAUUUGUGAGAGUCAGCGGUGCCUGUCGUCCUCUAUAUUCUAACACAGGGUUGAGUGAGGUUUUGUAAGGUUGUGUGUGUGUUUGUGUGUGGGUCAGUAGCCAAUCACCAGCACCAUGGCUAGUCUGGAUCUGGACCCGAUGUUCCGCCGUGGCCUGCGUCUCCUCCACUCCAGGAACCGAGACUCUGUAGAGCAGCUAAAGGCCAUUGUGGAUGAGGCGGUGCGGCAGCGUCAAGGCAAGACCAUUCCCCCCAUGAGUAAGGACCCCUUCAGUCUGCGUCGAGAGUCCCCUAUACCGAGGUCUAAGCCAGGAAGCCCCAUCCCAGUCUCCUUCUCCAAGCGGGAGGAGAUCAAGAAGGAUAUGGAGAGAAAGAUUCGUGAUGACGAGAUGCUAAUGCCCAAGAGGCCUCGACUUGACUCGCCAAGUGCAUUCAAGUCCCACACUCCCUCACCAACACCAAGCCUGAAGUCUGAGAGCUCCUCGCGCAGUCGAAAAUCAGACGAGAGUGACUCCGAUACAGAUGUGGCCGGCUUAGCAGAGAUUAUGGAUGAGAUCAACUGUACUGUGUGCAAGAGCUUUGAUGUGUUCCCUCGUAACCGGUUGGUGGAGUGCCAGGAAUGCCAUGCCUUGUACCACCAGGAGUGUCACAAGCCACCUGUCACUGACCAGGACGUCAACGACCCGCGCCUCGUGUGGUACUGUGCCAAGUGUGCCAAGUCACUCAAGAAGCAGACUGCCAUAGUGAGCUCGUCCAGUGGUGGCAGCAUGAGUGGGCCGCGAGGGGUGGGAGGAGGAGGCCUGCCAGGGAUCGGGGGCGGGAACAAGGCCCCACAUGCCCGCCCUGCCCCCUCACCUACCAAAAGUCUCAAUCUCCCUCGCCCUUCACCCUUCACCAACCUCUCAUCUGCCUCAGGGAGGGGUUUAGUGUCCAACAGCAGCAGCAACAACAAUGGUAGCAGCAAGCAGUCACUCUCUUCAGCAUCAUCUGGGUCAUCAUCCUCAUCAAACAAGUCAUCUGUGCCAUCUAACUCAUUAAUAUCUGCUGAGAGGAGGAUGCACAUAAUGAAGAAGAAGGCUGCUGCAAAGAUGGCAGAGAAGAGGAAGCUGUAGAAGGGCAGGUGUGUCAAUAGUGAAGAGGAGGAAGAGGAAUCUUGUGUGUUUGUGUGUCUGAGGUUAGGGCCAGUAUCAUCCCAAAGAGUGUGGGCCACCCUUUGGCAUUCCCAUUUUUCCAUGAGACAGGGAAUGUAUCCGGUGUUUUCAUACUGCUGUCACAUCCAUGAUGAGCCUGGAUGAAGAAACAAGUGCAGCACAGUGAAGCUAUUGGUAAGAAAUUGCUGGGAAAUGGGAGAACCUCAGUCAAAGCAUUCCACCAACACAAUUGCAAUAGUUAUCACUUCCCUGCAAAUUACACUUUUAUAGUUAACCUAAUUAUGUAUGUUGUAGAUUGAUAUUUUAGUGAUGUUUAUAUUUGUUAGUAUAUACUCCUACAACAAAAAACUGGUCUUGAAGAAUUUAAGAAUUUUCAACAAUUGGUGAGUAAUGGAUUCAGUGAAUAUUAAGUAAUGAAUACUUGAAGUAUAAGGAAACUUAAACUUUUAUGGGUGUCCUGAAGUGCAUGAAAAGAUACUGUUCAAAAUAUACAGAGGCACUGCCUAAAGUUAUUGAUUGUGAAUCAACUUUACAAAAUAGCUGUUGUGCCAUUUAGGCUUUUAUUCUUUGUAAACAGGAUGAUUUUAAUACAGUGAGAGAACUUUAUCUAUUUUAUGAUCUGCAAGAUUACUGAAUGUCCAAAAAUAUCCAAUUUUAAAAUUGAGAUUAUUGGGAACUUGUGGGCAUAAUGGACUUUUAAAGUUGAUUUAUAUAUAUAUAUAUAUAUAUAUAUAUAUAUAUAUAUAUAUAUAUAUAUAUAUAUAUAUAUAUAUAUAUAUAUAUAUAUAUAUAUAUAUAUAUAUAUAUAUAUAUAUAUAUAUAUAUAUAUAUAUAUAUAUAUAUAUAUAUAAGUUAAAUCUUUGACCUUUAGAGAGGUGAGCACCAACUGCCUCGAGUUUGUAUCCAGGCAAGAGCCACGGCUUCAUAGCUGGUGUGCUACCAACCAGUGCACCGUGGAGGCGUUCAUGAAUGAUGUAACAGUCUAGGGGAGGGCAGAUAUCUGGGACUCUGUUUCAGUGUUGCAGGGGAAUGGGGGAUCUCAUGAUGUGUUACACAAUAGUUAAAUUAUUUAAAUAUAACUUCAGGCAUAUUUUAAAGUUAUUUUCAAAAGGCAAUGUCUUGUAUGUAAAAGUCUCAGGUCAGGAGUAGCAUUGGGUCACCUGUAAUAUCUUAUACUCCUGUUUUCUUUUAAUAUAACCAACUAUCACUAGUCUGGAAGGGGAGAUCAAUCAUUGUUUCACUCAAUUCACAGUUACACAUGUUAUGUAUUGAUAUUGUACGAUCAAUGAGCAAAUAAGCUUUACAAACAUCCCAGACUAUAACUGUUACAGUCUGCUGAACAAAGAGGAAAGACAAACUCAUAGUCAAUAAAACAGAUGAGAAAACA